CUUCUCCCUUCCCAUGCCCUCUCGGCGGGCGCCAUGGAUCUCCUCCAUGGCCUCAAUGCCGCGCAGAAAGCCGCGGUGACGUCCGACGCAGCUGUACUUCAAGUCCUUGCUCCUCCCGGCUCCGGCAAGACCAAAACGCUGACCGCUCGCGUCGCCUACUUGAUCGCGCACCGCAGCUUGAAGCCAUGGAACAUCAUCACCUGCACCUUUACCCGCAAGGCGGCCAACGAGAUGAAGGAGAGAAUUCGCACGUUUGUGGGCGAAGAACAUGCAAAGCAGAUCAAGUUGGGCACUUUUCACGCCAUUGCCGUGCAGUAUCUUCGGCAGUAUGGCCAACAUAUCGGCCUCGGCAAAGACUUUGGCAUCGCAGACUCCUCCGACAGUAAAGCCGUGCUCAAACGAAUCAUCAAAAGGAACAGCUUUACCAUCGAGCCCGGCGCCGCCUUGUCGAGGAUUUCAUCCCAGAAAGUGCGAGGCAUCAACAGCGAGCAAUUGGCAUUGAAAGCCAAGCACAUUGAGCAACAAGAAUUCGCCCAGAUCUUCGCCGAAUACGAGACAGAGCUGAAGGCGUCAAAUCUACUGGAUUACGACGACUUACUCCUGCAAUGCUGCUUUCUCAUGACAACACACCCGCAGUGUGUAUCCAAUGUCGAGGCCGUUUUGAUCGACGAGUUCCAGGAUACGAACACGACGCAGUACGACCUCAUGCGCCUCUUCGCCCAGAAACGAAACAUGAUCACCAUUGUCGGCGACCCAGACCAGAGCAUCUAUAGCUUUCGCAGUGCCGAGAUUCAGAACCUGACCCGAAUGAAGGAGCACUGGCCGGACACGCUGACCAUCAACCUGGAGGAGAACUAUCGCUCAUCCGGCGCCAUCUUACACGCGGCCCAGAACAUCAUCGAGCAGGAUGAGAGCCGCCCUCCGAAAAAGUUGCAGGCCACUCACGGUCUGGGACUAUGCCCGGUUCUUCGUAAACUACCCACUGCGGCCGCCGAAGCAACUUGGUUGGUCUCUGAGAUCCAGCGGAUGUGUGCACUGAGUGGCAAGGUCGUGAAUCCAAGUGACUGUGCCGUCCUUCUACGCUCCGCUGCACUCUCUCGCAUGAUAGAAGCAGCUCUGAGCAAAGCAGGUGUCCCUUACCGUAUGGUCGGCGGGGUCCGAUUUUUCGAGCGUGCCGAAGUCAAGCUGGUGUUGGACUACCUCCGUGUCAUCAAUCAACCUGACAAUAAUGAGGCUGUCGAGCGAAUUAUCAAUGUCCCUUCACGUCGAAUCGGCGAUGCGACCAUCAAAGGCCUCUUGAAUGAAGCGAAAGCAAAAUCCACCAGCUUCUGGACUUUUAUCCGCGAGGUAUCACAAGGAAAGUGCCGAUCAAAGACCAAGCUUGCAGCACCGGCGGAAAAGGGCCUGGCUUCGUUCGUGAACAUCAUAUUGAGUGGACGAAGGAAAUUGACGAGCGUCGACUCAGAUAAGGUCUCGGUUGUCGAUCUCAUCAAUCUCGUCAUUAAAAAGGCGGAUCUGCAAGCUUAUCUGAAGAACCAUUACGAGAACGAGUACGAAGCUCGAUGGUCCAACAUUGAGGAACUGAUGGCACUCGCUGCGGAUGCCUGCGAUCCUGACAAAGUCCGAGCCAUGAUGCAAGAAGAGACUCUGCCUGCUAUCGAUGGCUUCGAGCAACGCGCCCCUACCGAGGAAGAUGCGCUUUCGAUCUUCUUAGCUAAUGUUGCAUUGACUGCCUCUGCGGAAGAAAAGAAGGCGGACGGGGAGGAGAGCGAGCCCGUCCAGCAAGUGACCAUCUCCACCAUCCACUCUGCCAAAGGCCUAGAAUGGCCGGUCGUGUUCAUACCAGCAUGCUUCGAUGGCUCCAUCCCUCACUCAAGAUCGGAUGACAACGAUGAAGAGCGUCGCCUGCUCUAUGUUGGAAUGACCCGGGCUCAGGCCAUGCUGUAUCUGAGUUGUCCCAUCAAAAACACUCAGCGUGAAGACACUACAAUGUCUUCCUUCCUGACUCAACCCGGUGUCGGUUCUUUCUUCGAAGAGCACGGCCCAAGCAUGUCAUUUGCGACCGCCACCGGCCUCGCUACCACACUGAAGCGUGACCGACCUUCCCAUGAUGCGUUUCAAGACGGCAAGAAAAGUCUCGAGCGCGACGAAGACGACUAUUGGCCACUGAACGGCGAGGAGCCGCCCGCAGAACGCGCCAAAUGGGACUACGGCAGAGCCGAGAAUCCUUUGCCGGCAUUCGGUACAACGCGCCCCGCAAGCUGGAUGAGUGUGAGUGCGGUCAGUAUGGGACAAGAAGGCUUCUCGUCUGCCAGUGCGACAAUGUCGGCCGGUUUUGUCAGCGUCAAAGACAAGUACGAUGAGUUGGUGGAGCGGGAUAGACUGGCCGCGAUCGACAAACGCUCACAGGUACGCCGAAAGGAGAGUGUGGAAGCAUCAAAAGGCCGCAAGAGGCAGAUUGAGGGCCAAGGCUGCAUAUCAACGUUCUUCGCAAAGCGGCGAGCGGUCGCUACCGAUUUAGAGCAAGAAAGAGACAAGUCCUUCUACACACGGGAACCCGCGUCUGUCCAGCCUGCACUGCGCGACAUCUCGAAUCUAGGUGUCCACCGCAACGUUCAUUCCCAGUCGCUAGAGCAGAACCCCUUGAGCAAGCACAAACUUCGCAAUGCGCCUUACCGGGCACCGACAACGACGACGCAAGUUCAGUCCUCGGACAGGGGUUAUGUCUUUCUGUCCAGUUCGCCGACUAAGACUGAAGAGGAAGAGAAUCAGCCGUCGGAAAAAUCGAUCUGCAACGGGACAGAGCGGGAUGUGGAUCCUGUCAAGCAGGCGAGCACUUUCCACACAACCUCUGUGCAGUCGCUGCAGCAGAAUGCGGUGCGCGGGAGGAGACUGGGUGUGCGGCCUAGCUUUAAUGGCUGGGCGAAUAGAGGGAGGAAGUAACGGCUGAUGAUAGCAUAGUAUUGGCUGGCCUUCCGAACGGCAUCACGAACGGCAUCACGAUACCCAUGUACAACUAGCGAAUAGUCAAUAAUUUCUCGUACGUCAGCUCAAGAAAGAGAAAGA